GUUGCAGCUUCUUGCAAGAGAUACAUAUACCCAGUAACGAUUGACCUUCUCGAGCGAACCUCCCCAUCUGAAAUCCAUUCUAGUAAUCCUGAGCUUUGCUUGACAUGGAGUGCGUUUCUCACUGCAGCGAGGGCUCCCCUCGAUGGCCCUUGCAAUGGAAAACUUCUCCGUUCAUUCUCCAAAUUGCAGCGCAAUACCAACUCUCCACCACUCCAAGUGAAGUACAAGAAGUAUCAUGAAGACCUUCCUAGCACUCGCUCUCAUGGCUCUCAUCAGCUCAGCCGAUGCUCAAGUCGCUGACUACAACACUAAGAUGCUGAAUGCCGUCAACGCCAAACGCGCCGAGAAGGGUCUGAGUGCUGUUUGCAUCAACACCAAGUUGGCUGCUGCGGCCCAGGUCCACGCGGAGGACAUGGCCAAGAACAAUUUCAUUGGCACCUCGAGCUCGGACGGAUCCGGCCAGAUGGAACGCCUUGAGGCGCAGAAUCUGACUGUGACCGCCGCUGCCGAGCUGGUUGGUGCCGGCUACACAUCCGUGGACAGCAUGGUAGCUGCUUGGCUCAAGGCCUCGAGCGACUACAUCUACGCCGACUACCCGUUCAUCGGUCCCGGCUACAAGUACGACAAGACCAAGCAGUACAAGCACUACUGGGUGCUCGACCUCUCGGACGGCGAGGGCGAGACCUGCGCCUAGAUCCUAGACGCAAACUUUAACACUGGAAAAAAGACCAUCGUUUGCUGAAAUUUUGCAUCGCUUAGCUAACGUCUCUCAUAGUUGAUGAACCGCAACGCUAGCAGACCCAGAACUCGCAGAACUGCAAUGAUAAGCACUACAACCCCCAUGUUACGUGCCAAUUGGUCGUGUCGAGCACCGAACGUGUACUCCACGUACUCCUUGACGCUUGAAAACGUGAGUGUAACUGGUGCGUUGGCCAACUUCUGACAACCAAUGUCCGAGUCACCCGCAGACGGGCAAUCCGCGAACACAAGCGCUGUCAAUGCACUGAAGGAAUAUCGUAGAGGUACGAUCUGGUAGAGCCACUUGUACCCGGCUGGAAUGGAGUUGACUGGAGGGUUGAAGCCCAUGAAGAGGAAACUGGCAGUGUUAACCACCACCCCGACAACCAUGGCAAGUUCUGCUGUUGGUAGUGCAUAAGCCAACAAUUGACCCAUGUAUACUUGCAGUAGCACGAGUAGCGCUGUGUUGAGCCAGAAGAGCAACCACGAUACGAUACCACCCGUGAAGCCAACCAUCGGGUAGAAGAUCACGGAGAAUAGAAGCGUACUGGUCAGCACGUACGGAAUCUCGACGAUCGACCCGGCGAUAAAAUACCAGAACGCGCUAUACGUUUGGCCAGCACGUUCUCGAUAGAAGGAGGCGCGAUCACCCACUGCAACAGGGAGGACGCCAAAGAAGGACACGAUCCCAUUGAACCCCGUUGCAAUGAAGAGCAUACCAACGCCGGCAUUCGCGCCAGCAUAUGAUCCGUAGUCUGCCUCAAGGAAUGCGACUCCAAAGAUCAGGGCGAGUAUCAGAGAGAUACCAACACGCGUGAUGUUGUAAGACGCUGUUCGCCAGUACGACCGAAAACUGCGUCGAACUAAGAAGCAAAGCUGUACCAGUGCUCCAGCAGCUCGCUUGCUUGCAAACGUCAGCUCAGCCAGAUCUUCCGAAGGACACGCCACACCUGGUUCCUUCAUCGCGGCAUCCAACUGUUCCUGGAGUUUACUCGCCUUGAAAAUAUCUGCAAAGUCGACUGACACGCUUCCAGAUUUUUUAUCACCAGUGUUGACCCCCGCACCAAUACACUCCAGCAUCCAAGUAGCUGGAUUAGCCUCUGGUUGGAGGGGAGUGACACCGGGAAGCUGUUCGAAGUAUUGCACCAGAUCGCGGCAUUGCGGUCCAACAUCGCCAAAGAAUACUGUUCGACCACCUCGCUGCAACAAUAGCACACUGUCGAAAAGUCCAAAAACUUCAGCUGACGGCUGGUGAAUUGUAGUGAGCCGGAACGCGCCACCUUUUGUACCCCUUCCAUUAUGGCUUUAGCUGCGGCCGCGUCUAAGCCACUGGUAGGUUCGUCAAGGAAUAAAAUGCUGGGUUGGGCUGCUAGCUCCACACCAACUGUGAGUCGCUUAAGCUGCUCCAUGGACGCCCCACGUACAAUACGAUCAGCUAUGGGGUGAAGAUCGAGUAGGUCGAGACACUCGCGAACUGUGUCUCGCUUGACGCUGUCGGGAACGUCUGCUGGCUGCCGAAGGAAGGCACUAAACGUUAACGCCUCGCGGAACGUAGCACCUUCGCAGUGCACGUCUGUUUGCUCGCAGUAACCAGUACAACGGCGCAUUGCCAAGUCACUAGCUUCGUGUCCAUUGAGUAGAAUGCGUCCACUCACAGAGCCUCCUGGCUUGCGGUGUGCAAUAACAUCCAUCAGUGUGGUUUUACCAGCACCAGAAGAGCCCAUAAGUGCGGUCAUGAAUCCCGGCCGUGCAAAUCCAGAAACGCCCUUCAGAAUUUGUAGCAUGCCGUCCUGCGUUUUAUCUCGACUCAAGACCUCAACAUCUCCCUGCUGUAAGCCGAAGUUUGCUUCAGCUUCCAUUUGUGCAUCACUGUCUUCUUUAUCAGGAUCUGUUUUCUUCAGGUGGUGGGGCAUGGGCACAGAAUACCAGAUAUCCUCGAACGCUAGUGUGACUGGAACAAAGUUUCUUUUGUAAUCACCAGAGGAAGGUUGAACCGUGAUAUCCACCGACUCCGUUCCCCGUGGAGUCUUCACCAAUCCGUACGAGCUGUCCCUCGCAUUUUUCAAGUUUCGGGGCGGUUCAGCUUCCGAUUUCUGGUUUCCAUUGUCAACUCUAUCGUAAGACACUCCAGCAUCCUCUGGUCCCUCAAAGCGACGAUGUUCCAGGGCCCAUACAGCGAGAACCAAGAAGAGGAGAUAGCAACCAACAACGACAACCAUACUGAGCUCCACGUACUUCUUGUCCGCUGGAACGUCAAACAGCGACAGAUAGUACUCCCCCAUAGUUCCUCCCGAUAGAGUACAGUAGUCAACCUCUUCGUAGAUGCAGACGUCGAAACGAGGCGCUCGAAACUGGUUUACUGCUAGUCCGCGAAUCCCCCACGCUACGGGACUCGCCCAGUAAAGCCAAAUGAGAUAGUCCGGAAUCUGGUCUUUCGGGAUGGCGAAACCCGAAAACAUGACGAAGAAGAGAACGGACAACAUCGCCAUGGGCAUCGCCACGUUCAUAUUGGGCGUGAACGCAACCAGAAGGAAGUACCAAGCGCCAAAUGCCAAACUAGAGAGAAAGACGAUCGCUUCGUAGCGUACGAAGAGCUCAACGUCGGGCACGAAGCCACACAGCCAGUAAAUAAGUGACCCGAAAACUAGUGUCUCGAAUAAAGCCACUGGUACGUGGCUCAGUGUGCUAGCAAGCACAAACGAUGACGAGCGAUAGAAAUUGGCUCGACGCUGACGGUAGAAGAUGUCGCGUGCCUCAAAGAGCGUCGGGAUCUGCGCUGCCUGGCCCAGCGACACGAAGAAGAUCACGGAAAAGACCACACCCAUGAUCACUUGCACGUCGGUAGCCUCGAAGUCAUAGAACGUGCUGGCAUACAGCAGUCCCAUGACUACAGUCAUCACUGCUCGACCGACUACGAAUGCAAUGUUGCGACUCAAAACCAGCAUCUCGCGACGUACAAGCGUCCAUGUACUAGCGCCGAAGCCUUGCUGGAAUUCCGGAAUCAAGUCCACGUACUUGUGUGUGUUUUCAGCCAUACUAGCAUCGACUGGAGUCUCCAAUUGCUGCAACUGUUGCUGGUAGAUCGACGACGACGCAAAAACUGCAGCGUACUGCUCCGCCGUACGCGGAGAUUGACUUGAACCUGUUUGGUACCGAACCUGUUCA